ACUGUGUUUGCGUGAACUGUACUAUUAUUGCAUUUUAUAUAUCUCUCAUGUAUAAGCAAUGAACUGUUUGGGUGAAGAAAAAGCCAGUCAAAGAGACGUAAUGAGCUGCCUUGAGAAAAAACAAAACAGCUCAGUAAAGAAAAAAUUAUGGUGUUGCAGGGUCAAAUUCUCUGACUUCCAUGCAGCUCAGAGUAGUAAAAGAAAAAAAAAAAAGAAAACAGUGCAAAACCUGGCCAGCGUGGAAAGGCAAUGCUGCAGACACACACACACAAAUGUGCAAGCACACAACUUCAGUGGUAUCAUAUAUCUUUAUCAAAGAGGCAUUGUGAAGAGGUCUGGUUAUUUAAGCUGAAAUGGAAGGAAGUGUUUUAAGGUUUUCAGAGAAAAAAGAAAAAUGUUCUAACUUGAAAUUGUCGCUCCAUGUAGCAGAACAUGAGCUCUGUCAGCAACAACUACCUCGACAUAUAGUUAAAAUACAAUGCAUGCAUGGAGUUGUACUUGCAGAAUUAAUAUCCAUUUAGUCAGAAAAUUGCAGUUUUUUUCUUCUCUUUUUCCCACAACAUUCUGUUGUAAGGUAUAUGCAUGCACCAUUGCUCGGAACAGCCGACUUUACUCAGAUUUCUCUUUUGUUUGUCUUUGGAUGCUUUAAUUUCAGCUCUUACCAGUGCAUUUCUAUAACUCAUGUAUUUCUGCUGUGGCUGUGAAGCAUUCCCUCUUUCAGCUCACGACUUCCCAGGAUGGCCAAUCAGAUUUAGGAACCUCCCCCAGGGGAGUGUGUGUUCAGACUCAUGGAGCCUCAGGUUUUCUCCCAGGUCAGACUUUCCUGCUGUUCUUCUCCUAACUUGGCUGAGCAUCAGCUCUUCCGUCUCAUCACUGGCCCCAGGUUUUUGAAGAAGCUGUGGUGGAUGUUUAUGGACUCUAAGUAACGAGGUUUCAAAUCACAAAAAUGGAAACAGACAGCAUCAGUAAAGCUUCACAAAAUGGCCCCACAGACAGAGAUGGGCCCUUGGAGAAAAAGCGACCCGAGAAAGCAACAGUGCUUCAACAAGAUAUUGGUUUGCUGAGUGGCAUUUCCCUGAUUGUGGGAACAAUGAUUGGCUCAGGGAUCUUCAUUUCUCCUAAAUCAGUGUUGCUGUACUCAGGAGAUGUGGGUCCCUGUCUCCUCAUCUGGACUGCCUGUGGAGUAUUAGCCACUAUGGGAGCCCUUUGCUAUGCUGAACUUGGUACUAUGAUCACCAAAUCAGGGGCAGAGUACUCCUAUUUAAUGGAGGCUUUUGGAUCCCUUGUUGCCUACCUUUACUCUUGGACCACUGUUAUGGUGCUGAAACCUUCUUCAUUUGCCAUCAUCACUCUUAGCUUUGCAGAAUAUGCCUCUGCUCCUUUUUACCCCGACUGCACCCCUCCACUCGUGGUUAUCAAGUGCCUGUCAGCAGCUGCAAUAAUCAUAAUCACUGGUGUCAACUGUUUGAGCGUCAAACUAGCAAGCUAUGUGCAGAACUUUUUCACUGGGGCCAAACUUAUUAUCAUCAUCGUCAUUGUGGUGGCUGGCAUCGUUCUGAUGGCUCAAGGAAAAACAGAGAACUUGUCAAAUGCAUUUGAAGGCUCAUCCACGUCUUUUGGAGCAAUUGGACUCGCUUUUUAUAACGGACUUUGGGCUUAUGAUGGAUGGAAUCAACUGAACUUCAUCACAGAGGAGCUAAAAAACCCAUACAGAAAUUUGCCUCUGGCCAUCGUCAUUGGAAUCCCUUUGGUGACUGUGUGCUACGUGUUUGUCAACAUCGCUUACUUUACUGUUAUGACGCCCUCUGAACUGCUGUCGUCUUCAGCUGUUGCAGUGACUUUUGGGGACAAAGUCCUUUACCCUGUGGCUUGGAUAGUUCCUCUGUUUGUGGCCUUUUCAACAUUUGGUUCUGCAAAUGGAAGCUGCUUCACUGCUGGCAGACUGUCCUAUGUAGCCGGUCGAGAGGGUCACAUGGUGAAAAUCUUAUCCUAUAUUAGUUUGAAACGCUUCACUCCUUUACCUGCUCUCUUAUUUAAUGGCAUUUUGGCUAUAUUCUACAUUAUUCCUGCGGACAUCAAUACUCUGAUAAACUACUUUAGUUUUGCUCAGUGGGCCUUCUAUGGUCUGACAACUCUGGCUCUAAUCGUCAUGCGUUUCACCCGGAAAGAUCUCGACAGGCCUGUGAAGGUGCCAAUGGUCAUAGCUGGCAUCGUAACCCUGGUGUCCUGCUACCUUGUCUUGGCCCCCAUUAUCGAUAAGCCUGAGUGGGCGUACCUUUACUGCACCAUCUUCAUCUUCAGUGGACUCAUCCUUUACUUCCCAUUGGUCUACAAGAAGGCAAACUGGGCUCGCAAAAUCAUGAGGCCCAUCACCAUGCAUCUCCAGCUGCUAAUGGAGGUAGUUCCACCGGAGAAAACCGAAUAAGAAGGGACAACUUGUUCAGCUGAAUUCUUGAGAUCUCCUGCUGCGUUUUGGACUUGAUCAGGAGAAGAUCUGGUGCUCGUAAAUGAUCACUGUCAAAAACAAAACAUACUCUGUUUGAGAAGGUAUCCCUAUGUUAGGGAGAAUGAGUUGAAACAAUCAUGAUUUUUAGUAAUUUAUGAGGUUAUCGUUGGAUGUCAUACAAUAGAAAGUUAGAUCUGAUAGAAACAGAGGACUAGACUAGAGUGUUGUAGUCAUGGUAAGUCAUGGUUGUACUGCAUUGAACGGUGGAAGAGUAUGCUUCCACCUCGGUUUCUCACCAUAGAUUUUGAUCCUGCAGCUUUGCACUGAUGCAGAAAAAACAUACCUAUUGCCAGUUUUAUAAUACAAAUUGACUGCGUUACUGUUCAUGAACUUGUGAACAUAUCAGGAUAGAAUAUAUAUAUUUUUAUCUAUGUGUGGAAGUAAACAUCACGUGCAUCAAACACUCACUUUGACAUUUGCUACCUGAAUUCAAAACCUGCAUGAAAAAUAGCUGCUAAAUUAUUGUGGAUUCACUCUUCCGUAAAGGGAUACGAUUUAAUUGUGUUAAAAUGCAUUCAGAAAUGAGGCACAUGAUUAUUUGCCAGUUCAAAUUGAAUUAUCAGAUUUUAUCUUUAAAAGUGCAUUUUGUAAAACUUUCUUUACUGUUAAGUUAUAUUGUCUCUAUACCGAGAGUAUUGUGCUACUCGCUGUUUAUUAAAGUUUUAAUCUUUCCAAACACAAA